AUGGAGGAGGAGGUCACCGAGCCCGAUCCCCAGGCGCUGGAGCACGCCGCUCCUCCACCGGGGACGCACUCGGAGGUGAACGGGGACCUGCCGGGGAACCCGUGCCUGAGGGACGGGUCGGAGGACGUGAUGGAGAGUCCGGUGAGGGAGCCUGUGGUGCUGCAGUAUCCUGCCCAGUACACCCCCGGCCAGCAGUGUGGGGAGAAGAUGCCGUUCCACCACGUGACGGCCGGGCUGCUCUACAAGGGGAACUACCUGAGCCGCUCUCUGUCGGAGAGCGACAGCGACGUGAUGGCCAGCAUCUCCGUGGAGGAGCUCGAUGAGAUCCGGGAGGCGUUUAAGGUUCUGGACCGCGACGGGAACGGGUUCAUCUCCAAACAGGAGCUGGGCAUGGCCAUGCGCUCGCUGGGUCACAUGCCCAGUGAGGUGGAGCUGGCCAUCAUCAUGCAGAGACUAGACAUGGAUGUUCACCAGUUCACCCAGUCCAACGUCCUCUCUGCUGUCAUCUCUCGUUCCCUGGAUCGUAACGCUGCUUCGGUUACCGGGCUCUGA